GGGCAGACUGUAGAAAAGUUUCACAGACGUGCAAGAAGGGGAGCAGGAGCGGAAAUAGGAUUAAUAUCAACAACCUGAGUUUACGACAACUCCGGUGAAACUUCACAACACUCUAACCCGAUAAGCUCCGUCACAUUGUAGUGUUCAGUUAAAAUGCUCUAACAAUAUCCGCUACAUUAUGGGGGAAGGGUGUAUAUGCUCAUCGAGGAAGAGGGUUGUUUUUGUGCUGAAACUCGGUGGCUAGUUUAGCCUUAGGAGCUAAGGUAGCUAACUUUUAGUCAGUUGACGCGUGAAGUCAUUUCGACAACCUCGGUUAGGAAACUGGCCACUAAUAUGCUCGGAUAUCGCUCCUUGGUUAAGUCUCUCAAUGUUGCGGGGGUUGCCAGAUUGUGUGCCAGCUGCUGUUGACUCGUCCUGGUAGUUUUAUGUGGCGCUGAUAGUGCCUGGUCCGCUCAUAAUGCACCUGCAGCUGCUCCCACCUGUCAACUAGCUGGCUCCUCUUCUCCUGUCCACCCGUCUGCCGUCGCCCAAUGGCUCACUGCGGCUCCUCCGAGCCAAAGCCACAGGCACCGUCGCAGGGCAGCGUAGACCAGAGCAUGAAGCCCGUGCUGUUCGAGAUCUUCGGUGAGAUAUGGACCGUCGAUUCGCGCCUCGGCCAAGGAGUCUCGGCCUCGGUGUACCGGGUCAGCUCAGGCAGGGCCACCACCGCCGCUGUCAAGCAGUUUCAGGUCGACACUCGGGGAGGAGAUUACGGGUAUCACAAGGAGAGGUCUGUGCUGGAGGACAUACAGGGACACAAAAACAUCGUUACACUGUACGGGGUUUUCACCAACAACAGCUGUAUGGGUGUUUCCACCCGCUGUCUCCUGCUGGAGCUCUUGGAUGUCAGUGUGUCCGACCUGUUGGUGAGAGGAAGGAGUGAUAACCAAGGUGGUAGACCCCAGCAGGGCCACUCCAUGUGGCUUGUCCAGCACUGUGCCAGAGACAUCCUAGAGGCUCUAUCCUUCCUCCACAAGGAGGGCUAUGUCCAUGCCGAUCUCAAGCCUCGCAACAUCCUGUGGAGUGCUGACGAUGAGUGCUUCAAGCUCAUCGACUUUGGCCUCAGCUUCAAAGAGGGAAACCAGGAUGUCAAGUACAUCCAGACAGACGGGUAUCGAGCACCAGAGGCUGAGAUUCAGAACAGCCUCGCUCAGGCCGGGGUUGAGGUGGAGGGAGACUUGGGCUGCUCAGCCGCUGUGGACCUGUGGAGCCUUGGCAUCAUCCUGUUGGAGAUGUUCUCAGGAAUCAAACUCAAAGACACUGUCCGCUCACAGGAGUGGAAGGAUAACAGUGCUGCCAUUGUUGACCAUAUCUUUGCCAGCAACAGUCUUGCAUGCCCUGCCAUCCCUGUCUAUCACCUCAGAGACCUUAUCAAAAGCAUGCUUCUCAUUGACCCAAAGCAAAGAUGCACAGCUGAAACUGCGCUCCUGAGCCCGUUCUUCAGUAUUCCCUUUGCUCCUCACAUAGAUGACCUGGUUCUGCUGCCCUCUCCUGUUCUGCGUCUGCUCAACCUGAUUGACGACAGUCAUCUGCACAAUGAAGAUGAGUAUGAAGACAUCCUGGAUGACAUGAAAGAGGAGUGCCAGAAAUACGGCUCAGUGGUUUCUCUGCUCAUCCCCAAGGAGAAUCCAGGGAAAGGACAGGUGUUUGUGGAAUAUGCCAACUCCGGCGACUCCCAAGAGGCUCAGAGGUUGCUGACAGGCCGCACCUUCGAUGGCAAAUUUGUCGUGGCCACUUUCUACCCUCUCAGCGCUUAUAAAAGAGGUUACUUGUAUCAAACUGUGCAGUAAAGCCUUGGAGCUCAAUUUAUAUCUUUGGGAACUGCAUAGAUCACCAGGAAAGAGAGCGAGAAGUUGUUUUCUCCCUGUGAAAAAAAGACCUUCGAAGCUAUGAGUGGCCAUCCUGCAGUUAAAAUGCAUUCAGUUAAAAAGAUGUGUCGUUUAAAGUACUGCAUGUAAGUCAUGUGGCACAUACAGUGUAAACGGAAAGUAUUCAGAACCCUUUAAAUGUUUCACUCUGUUCCAUUGCAGCCAUUUGCUAAAAUCAAAAAGUUCAUUUUAUUUCACAUUAAUGUACACUCAGCACCCCAAUCUUGACAGAAAAAAAAAAGAUAUGUAGAAAUGUUUGCAAAUGUAUUAAAAAAGAAAAACUGAAAUAUCACAUGGUCAUAAGUAUCCAGAAAUAAAAUGAACUUUUUUGAUUUUAGGAAAUGGCUGCAAUGAAACAAAGAGUGAAAAAUGUAAAGGGGUCUGAAUACUUUCCGUACCCACUGUAUGUGUUUCAUUCAGAGUGUAACUUUAACUCAGUUGUGAGCAGCGUACAGGAUCACUCAUCACAUCUCUGCUGCCUCCAGUCUGGGUGCCACUCUUAUCAGUACUAAUCCAUCUGGUGCUUCAAGGUGAACUGCAUCUGUUGUUACUUAUAACUCUGGGGACAGACUACUUACUUUUCUCUCUUCCAUUUUCGCACUUCAUUCACAGAAAUGACCAAUGCUGAGAGAAUGUGAAUCUGAAUAGUUGCACAUUUCCAGAUCUCUCUAGAAAUUUAGUCGAAUACUUUCAGGGAUGAGAUUAGAAACAAGCGGGAUUACACUGACCUCCUAGUAAUAAUGAAUGGGUUCUAUGUCUGAAACCUAAAAGCCCUGUCCUGUAGCUGUAUGCUUUGUAGCUUUUUUGCAUUAGUUACAAGUUACAAAAGAAUCCAUACGUUCUAAUGUUCUUUUGGUUCCACUGAGUCCAUCAUGGUAUCAGUGGACCUGCAUUGCCCGUCAAGCUAACUGUCACAUAGGGAAGCUUCAGAUGGUUUCUAUACAAGUGUCCAAUGACAUUCACAAGCUAGCUAGCUAACUAACCAAAAUGCUACUACAACAACAGGUUGUGCUUCACCUGUAUGUGUUGGUUGCUCAUGUAGUUGAAGCAGAUGCCUUAGAAAAUAAUUUCCUUCCAGCAGUCGUAGUGCUGCUCGCUAACAACAUGGAUUGUUAAAGACAACGAUAAUCGUAAAGAAGUAUCUUGAUUUUCUUCCAAAAGCUGCUCAGUGCAAAACAUUUUUUUAAACCCGGCUAUAUCACGUCAGUGGAGAGUCAUGAAGUCAGUAAGCUGAGUGUGGUUUUUUAUAGACAACGUAAGCUAACAUUAUUCAACAUUAACCAACAUUAUCUACUUUAUGUCUGCUAUUAUGAGACAAUAAUGACUACUUUAAGUUCGCUUAAAUGCGUCCACAUUAGCCACUUUAAGUUAGCUAGCAUUAGCUAACAUUAGCUGCUAGCUAAACCUAACUACGAACUGGCCUAACAUAUUGAACUCUGGCAUAAUUCAAUGUUUAAUCUUUAAGAGGUAGGAUGAAUGUUGAUUAGUCGUGCUUUAAAGUCUGGUGUGUAGAAGUGCAACUGGUUCACUGAUGUUGUAGAACACAAAGAUAAAGCACUGCUCCUUCUGAAUGGGUAAUUAAUUGAGGAUGUGAGAAAAACUAUAUCUUCACAAAAAUUUUGAAAAUAUCUGAAGCUUACGUACGUAUAAAUCUUCUUUCUGACACACUCACUGCACAUUCUGCAACAGAAAAAUAAAAAACCUAGGGUCAGAAGAAAAUGUUGGAGAUUUGUCUUUACGGAGUGACUCCAAAAAAACCUAUUUUUCUACAAUCUUUUAUUUGAUUGAGCUUGAAAUGUAAUGCCUGCCUAAAAUCGUUUUAAGACCCCAACCACAUGUCUGUAAAGCACAUUUAGCAGCCUGUGGUAAAUAAUCAAGAUGGUCAGUGUGGCCCUCAAUCAUAAUUCUGGACUAAAAACCAAUGAACAAUCUUCGUCUCAUAGUCCUGUCAAGGACCGGGACCGAAAAUAAAUGAUUGAUAAUGUCAGGAUAGUCUUUUAAGGCAUUUGAAGUUAGAUUUUGUCUUAUGAUCUGAACUUGCCAUAGUUCAACUGCACCUUAUUGAAUGAGAUAACUUUGUUUGUGUUCAAUGAUGCCUGUGCACAAGUUAUGGUCUAUACAUAGUUUUGAGAUUCUGUGGGAGUGUAGAUUGAAUUAGUUAAAGACGCUGUGUUACAGAGUGGGUUUUGUCUGAAAAUGAGGUUCCUUUUUCUUUUGGAUAAUUUUUGGGGCAUUUUACUUGAACAAAUGAGUAGUUUCCAUUGAAGAUCCAAACAGGAGACAUGGGUAGAGGAGAAUCGUAUGUAACAAAGGUCCCCAACUAUAAUGGAGUGUUAGGGCGUUGCAGUUACAUGUAUCUUAACCACUUGCUCAUGCCCUCCUCAUUGAAAGUGUUGGGUUCAGUUUGAAACGAGAUAUCCGCAUUUUCACAGGAGCUGGCAAGACCAUUUCUAAUGAACGGCCACACACAGCACAACAAAUUGUGGCAUGGCUUUCUUUUGACAAAAAACGACCAGUCAACUGUAAUGGUCUUUUACAGAUCUCUGAUACUGAGGGUUUCUAUCCCCAAACAUGCAUACAGCAUGUGGUCUUCACACUUAACCAGCCGCUUCCCAGUGUCACUUCGAAAGCAGCAAUCUUACUAUGGCUUAGGGUUGUUUUCAUCCCUUUUGAGCACAAUGUUACGUGUGAGGGAGAUGCCACAACAGGUGAUCAGACAAAAGCAAAGAUUAAAGAGAUGAAUGACAAAAGACAGAAACGCAUGUGACAAUUCGCUAGUGACAUUAUUAAACGUAGCAUCCACUGAAUUCACUAUUUAAAGCUUCCCUGCCACUUUUAAAUGCACUGCACCAUAAUCACGUUCCAAUCAAUUGUUGUGUUGGUUCAGUUGUCCUCAUUUUUCCACUGGAGGAUGGUUCUGUAUCUGUUGUUUAUAUGUUAGCAUUAGGUUAUUAGUGGCUAUGUUGUUAGGGUUUGUAAUGUUUCUGGUUAACUUAGACGAGGACAAAGCAGGUUCCUCUGUUGAUGGCUGCACCUCAGUAUUAUAAUAUUUUUGUUCUUACAUUUUUUUCCCGGCGCACUCAGUCUGGUGCCGCUCAGACUCGAUUAAAGGUUCAGUGUAAAAGGGAUUUAUUGGCUGAAAUGGAAUAUAAAAUAAUCCCAGUGAUGUCUUCACAUGUGUGUGAUCAUGUAAAUUUAUUUAUUUAGAUUUAUUUAUAUAUCUUAUAUCUAUAAACAUAUUUCCAUCGGGUGCUUGUCCCCUCUAUGGAUGCCGCCAACUUUUUACAGUAGCUCCGACCGGACAAACUAAACUCCUUUUGAGUGUUUAUGACAACUGCAGGUUAACACAGGUUCUCUAUCAUGUUUGGAAGGGGAGUGUGAGGUGAGGAGCAUUUACCUCUAAAUUCGAAACACUGAACCUUUAAAUCAGCUUUAGCCCUGCAUGUAAGCAUUGGCAGUCUGAGAAAUAUUGUGCUGCCACAGAGCUGUGAGCGUCUGCAGUGGAACAAUGAGUCUGGCAGCAUUGUUUAAAUAUUAGACUCAGAUAUUUAUUCAGGCUGAUUUGAAUGAUAUGAUACUAAGUUGUGUGCUGCAUGCUGAUCAUUUUACAGUAGGAGAUUGUUUAAGUUGAAUCCUCUGACCAGUUAAGCACUGGGGUAUACAAAAUUGUGCGGCAGUUUUGUGUUUGUUUACACAAUACUUAUCAAGUUUAAUGAUUUCAUAGAAGUGGAAUAAGUAUUUUUCUUUUUUCUUUUAAAUAUAUCACUAUAAAAUUAGUUUUUCACAUUUGGUGUGAAUAGCAUUUAUUCUCAAACUGGGAGUACUACAGUCUUUACGGCACACUGGUUAUGUGUAAACCUACUAAUGUGACAUUUCUGUCUCAGUCAUGGUCUCACUGUGGUUAAUGCUCGCUGCCACAGUUGACCAUCAACCAAUAUCAACAAAGCUGCAGAGAUCUAUUAAGAACAUUGACAUCCAUGACAUAAAUGGACCAUACCAUGAUAUUUAAAUGUCUUAUUUGUGACCAAGAAUGGACUUCUGUAAAAAAAAUUUAAAAAGUGGCCUCCAUGGAGCGGACCCACUUAUGAUGUACGUAUAAAAUAAUUGAUGAUUGCACACCAAUGCAACUAGGAUUAUUUUACAUUCCAUUUCUACCAAUAGAUUCCUUUCACCAAAAUCUUACACGCUGAACCUUUAAAGCUGCAGUAAUUAUACAUUUUCAGAGCCAGAGAAAAAACACCCAAAGUAACUAAAAAAAGCUCCAAAGAUAAACUGCAGUCACUAAAAACUUACCCUUUCUAUAUUUACACAUGAAUAUUUAGAUAUUUUCAUAUAAAAUGGGAACCGUGGGAACUUUAUUCAAGGCCAAAUCUGACGUAUUGAAGCAUAGCUGCCCUAAAAAUAUCAUAUUCUGAAAGAACUAUCGGACAACUAAAAUCAAAUGAUUCGAUGAGAACUUGCACAGUCCCGUGUUAUUGUUUUGAGUCUGAACAACUAAAAAAUGUAUUUCAUUGUAAUAUUUAAAACUAUCAAAAGACAAUCCUUGAGAUUAUUGCUGCCUUUAUUUAAACAAGGUCUUCUUUUUGUUUCCAGCCAGUAAGGUUGAGGAGAUGUUUGCUGAAUGUUGUGUAAAAGUUCAAUUUGGACACUACAUGAUGUUCAUUAUUGGGUGAAAUGAGGUGUAUCAGUUUUUCUCGGUGAAACAUUAAAAUGUAAAACCUCUUCAUGUUUAUUUCUGUGUCCAGAUCACAUGUCCUCAUUCAGUGGUCCGGCUUUAUGAGACUUACUACCGGUCAAACUGUACUGAGAGAGCAGAGGAUUGUUACCUCUUGUUUCAGAGGAAGCACAAUGUGAGGAGGUCACUGUGUAACACACAUAACAUUUGUGGACCUGUGUGUUAGUCUAUUCUCCAAGAUUCAUAGCACUCAUGUUGUGUUUAGUAUCUCAAAAAAUGAAAUAAAAAUGAUGCUUAACCUGA